GGAUCGGAAGUUGAGCCUCCGAGACUCAAACUGGUGCCCAUAUGGGAUGCCGCAUUGCAGGCAGCGGCUUUAACUGCUACACCACAGCACCAGCCCCCAAAGUAUUUGUUUAAUGGGAACAAAAUUAAGAAUAAAAAGAAGGAAUAUGGACCACACAUCCCCGACCUACAUGCUUGCUAACUUAACCCACUUACAUUCUGAACAACUUCUGCAGGGCUUGAAUCUUCUUCGUCAGCAUCACGAACUCUGUGACAUCAUUCUUCGAGUAGGUGAUGUUAAAAUUCAUGCUCACAAAGUGGUGCUUGCCAGCAUCAGCCCAUAUUUCAAAGCUAUGUUCACUGGAAACCUUUCCGAAAAAGAGAACAGUGAAGUUGAAUUUCAAUGUAUCGAUGAAACUGCCCUGCAGGCCAUUGUGGAAUAUGCCUAUACGGGGACUGUUUUUAUUUCUCAGGACACAGUUGAAUCUCUCCUUCCAGCAGCCAACCUACUCCAGAUAAAACUUGUCCUUAAGGAAUGUUGUGCGUUUCUUGAAAGCCAGCUUGACCCUGGUAAUUGCAUUGGAAUUUCUCGUUUUGCAGAGACAUAUGGUUGUCAUGACCUUUAUUUGGCAGCCACUAAAUACAUAUGCCAGAAUUUUGAAGCUGUUUGCCAGACUGAAGAGUUUUUUGAGCUUACACAUGCUGAUUUGGAUGAAAUUGUCUCCAAUGACUGUUUGAAUGUAGCUACCGAAGAGACUGUUUUUUAUGCACUGGAGUCUUGGAUCAAGUAUGAUGUACAAGAACGCCAGAAAUAUUUAGCACAGCUACUAAAUAGUGUACGAUUACCUUUGCUGAGUGUUAAGUUUCUCACUAGACUCUAUGAAGCAAAUCAUCUUAUUCGUGAUGACCGCACUUGCAAACAUCUUUUGAAUGAAGCCCUAAAGUACCACUUUAUGCCAGAACAUAGACUGUCUCAUCAGACAGUCUUGAUAACACGACCUCGCUGUGCUCCCAAAGUACUUUGUGCAGUAGGUGGAAAAUCUGGACUGUUUGCCUGUUUGGAUAGUGUGGAGAUGUACUUUCCUCAGAAUGACUCUUGGAUUGGCCUGGCACCACUAAACAUUCCUCGCUAUGAAUUUGGAAUAUGUGUUUUAGAUCAAAAAGUGUAUGUUAUCGGUGGUAUUGAAACUAAUGUGCGUCCUGGAGUCACGAUCAGAAAGCAUGAAAAUUCAGUGGAAUGCUGGAAUCCUGAUACAAAUACCUGGACUUCUCUAGAGAGAAUGAAUGAAAGCCGAAGUACACUUGGAGUAGCAGUACUUGCCAGAGAACUUUAUGCUUUAGGUGGUUAUGAUGGACAGUCUUAUUUACAAUCUGUAGAGAAAUAUAUCCCCCAAAUAAGAAAAUGGCAACCUGUGGCACCAAUGACUACAACAAGAAGUUGUUUUGCUGCAGCUGUGUUGGAUGGAAUGAUAUAUGCCAUUGGUGGGUAUGGUCCUGCACACAUGAACAGUGUGGAGCGUUAUGACCCAAGUAAGGAUUGCUGGGAGAUGGUUGCAUCCAUGGCAGAUAAAAGGAUUCACUUUGGCGUUGGUGUCAUGCUAGGCUUUAUUUUUGUAGUGGGUGGACAUAAUGGUGUCUCACAUUUGUCAAGCAUUGAAAGAUAUGACCCUCACCAAAAUCAGUGGACUGUGUGUAGACCAAUGAAAGAACCCAGAACAGGAGUGGGUGCUGCAGUUAUCGACAACUACCUUUAUGUAGUCGGAGGUCAUUCAGGGUCUUCCUAUCUGAAUACAGUGCAGAAAUAUGACCCUAUCUCAGACACAUGGCUGGAUUCAGCUGGCAUGAUAUACUGUCGCUGCAACUUUGGAUUAACUGCACUUUGACAAGUGUGACUACUUGGAAAUAAUGUGAUGGUGAAACUUGUACCGCAUGAAAGGAUGCCCAGCUUUCUGAAACCCAAAAGCUGCAUUGCUCUCUUUUUAACUUGAAGUGGCAUGAAGACUUAAAGUUCUGUUGGGUUCUUCCAAUUCACAAGUAGUUAUGGUUGCUCUUGAUUACACAGUAAAACAAUAAUCAAAAAGAAAAAAGACAAAAAAAAAAAAAGAGGAAAGACCCUGCCAGUUUAAUUGUGCACUUUUUUCCCUUACGACUGAGCUACACUAAUAUUAUGUUCCUAAGUGUACAUGUAGAGAAGACCUCACUGCUUGUUUUCUGUUUUUUAUUUUAGCUUUUCCUCCUUGAUAUAUACCAUGGUUUACUAGGAGGACAGAUGCUUUAGAUGCUGUAGUAUAUGGAGUGAUUGGACAGAAUACUGACACUGCCUGUUGGAUGUAAAUUCAUAUGUGUUGCAUUUUUUAAAACAAAGGGCUGCUUUUCCUUUUGGUACUUUUAAGGGUUGUAAACAACAUAUCAUAGUGAGUCAUCUGAAUACUCUUCCUACUAAGUGGUUUUAGGGCUGGCCUUUUAAUAGGUUUAUAUGACAGUUGCUUUUACUAACAUGAUAUUUGGAGUCCUAUUUUAAGAAGUCAGAUAUUCACUGUGUAUGCCUUUUAUAUAUUGGGAGGUUAAUGCAGGAUGAUUUUAGUUACUCAUCUACGUUAUGAUAAAUGUGGAUAGAAAGAAUUAAUAAUAUCAGUUAUUUCAGUUUUUCUUUAGUAAGUAGUAGAGAGCAAGCUUCCCAGUGUUGAUGUAAAUAUUUAAGAUGUGUUUCAGUACCACCCUUAGUGCAUAUUAGUUUUUUCAUAUAUCAUAAUAAUUUUAAUUUUUAAGAUUUUUGUUUGCUUUUUCAAAGUGUUCAGAUAAAAAUGGUGCUAACUGUAGGAUCUAUAAAAGGCUAUAAUUGAUGUUCUUUUGGAUGUUCACUAUGAGAUAUGCAUGACAGAUUUUGGUAGUCUUUUUUAUUUUUACUGGUUUGAUUCAUUUGUGCUUAUUAAAAAUGUCUGUGAUUACACCAAUGUUAACAUCCAAAAAUCAUCUAAAUGGCCUAUGUUACGCUUUCAUGGCUCCUGAAUAGUGAUUUAAAGAAAGAUACAUAUUUUGAUCUUCUUUCUUCUUGUGCUUGAUGUUACACAUCUUUCUUAAAAACAGGAAUAUAUGCAUUAAAUAUCAAGCACUUAGUUAUGCAUUACUUUGUACAUUUCUUAGGUAACUUUAUAUUUUGAAGUUAUUGAGGAAAACUGGAACUCGAUGUUUACUUGAGUAGUGGUUCUAAAUUUGGUUCUGCUUUAAUUAGAGAAAGUCUUUUAAAGCAAAAUUGUUUGCUAUAGCCAGUGAUAGCUUAUUUAAAAGAUUGGUUAACUUAUUUUAUUUUAGCAUGUUCUAAUAAAUGUCUAUUAAACACAUUAACUUGCAUUUUAAUAUGAUGUUGGUACUUGUAUUUUGGUACUGUAUUCAUUUUGUUUUCUUGAUUUUUUUUAACUUGCCAUUAUCUCCUUAUAAAGUCUCUGCAAGACCAGUGUAUAUUUUUUCCUAACAAAACAUUCAUUCUGCAUUCUUAAGUGCCAUAAUGUUCUAAACUAUUGUGAAGAAGCCAUUUGUAAUUAUAAAGCAUAGAUUCAUUUUUUUAGACUAU